AUGGGAAAGUCUACUCACUGUGUUGCGUCGUCCGGCAUGAAGAAAGGUCCAUGGACUCCGGCAGAGGACCAAAAGCUCUUAGCUUACGUUCAAAAACAUGGUCAUGGAAAUUGGCAAUCCUUGCCUCAGAGAGCUGGUCUUCAAAGAUGCGGGAAGAGCUGCAGGCUAAGAUGGAGAAACUACCUACGACCUGAUAUUAAGAGGGGAAAUUUCAGUUUGCAGGAAGACCAUACCAUCAUUCAACUUCAUGCUCUUUUAGGCAACAGGUGGUCGGCUAUUACUGCGCACUUACCAAAGAGAACAGACAAUGAAGUCAAGAACUACUGGCACUCUCGUCUCAAGAAACGACUGGCCUUGAAAGGCUACGACCCUGUAACCCACAAGCUUAAGACUACCAUCUUUGGCUUCGCCAAUGGUUCAACUGAUGACCCAAAGACCAACUCAAACCUCAACCACAUAGCUCAGUGGGAAAGUGCUAGGCUUCAAGCAGAAGCCAGAUUUGUGAGAGAUUCAGAAUUACACAAACAAGCUUAUCAUCCUUAUAACAAUAAUGAUAUUUUUGCUACCUCAUCAAUAUUAUUAGGUCAUAAUAAGGACUUUGGGCCGACUGAUCAAUUAUUUGGACAAAACGCACCACAAUGCCUCGACAUAUUGACAGCCUGGGAAAGCAUCUUAAUGUCAAAUUACUCAACAGCUGCAGGCGGCCAAGAUCAUGUUAAUUCAUUUGUUAAUCAUCUUGCUGGUGAUUUCGAGCCUCCGAUAAUAUCUACAAUAUCAAGCAAUGGAUCAUCAUUGAUGGAUUGUUUCUUUCAUGAACCAAUAGGGCAAUAUUUUAAUGAAAAUUAUGGCACUAGUAUCACUAAACCAUUUGCGGCAAUCCACCACAAUAUGGGGUUUAAAAGUGGGGCAUGCUUGGAGGACUUUGGACUUGGGGAAAUAAUCAUGCAAGGGAAAAAAGAUUGUCCGAUAUCUGGAAUUAGUAUGUAG